AUGGAUAAUGCAUUAACACCUAAAAAAAUAAAGAGGCUAUUACAAUACGCUGAAGACAAGUCUUUUAGCGCCAAAAAGCCAUUGCCCCCCAGAAAAGAGGAAAUGAAACGCUCGGAUGCGCAAGGAGGGAUGUCGAACAACUCUAAUACUAAUUUGGAGUGUUCGUCUGGAAUUCUGGACUUAGAAAGAGUUGAGGGGUUUGGAGAGUCUUCUAUUGGAGCCAUGUCCUUAAGAAAAUCUACUGCUUUUAAUCCCGUGGAAAUGACUGGAAGAUCAACAGGUACUGAGGACAUAAAGUCACACACUAUUGACUUAGGUCCAGCUAAGAUUGAGGACCUAUUGGAGGGGUAUGGGCGACAUUCAUUUGCUCUGGAAAGUCUUACAAGUAAUUUAAACAAACAGACUUUGGAAGUUAAUGACAUUAUGAGGCAUUCAAUUGCAACCAAUUAUUCAUUUCAUUCUAAGAGGGACUUAACAGCUGAUGAAGUGUCUUUUGUCAUCAGGCAAGCGCCUUUGCCAGUGCAACAAAGCACACAGGUGGACAUCACGAAGGAAAAUGUUUUGGAAGGUAAUUCAAAUAUGUCUGUGGGGUCUUAUUUUGAAAAUAGAUGCCCAGAAUUUUCGAGGCUGCUUGUAAAAAUUGAAAGUCCAGACAGGCCCGUGAGGCCUAGUAUUAGUGAAG